GUAAGCCGCGCUUAUCGCACCGUUGCAGUCACGCUCACGACUCCCGGUCUGAUUUUUAAAUGUAUUUUUGACUGUAAUUUACGAGAGAUUCCCAGCCACAGAUGUUUGGCAUGCAUUUGGCUUUAUAGCAUAUUAUUACUAUAAUAUUGUAAAUCACAAUAUCACAUAGUUGCAUAGUGCGUUAGCGAUUGAACAUGAUGAAAUAUUUUCUUUAUCGUGUAUUCGAAGACUUAAUUUAAGUGUAAUUUACAUAUCCACUGUAUCACGAUUCACUACUAAGAAAACUUAGUUUACUUUACCAUACAUUUUAUACUUGGAGAAUACAAUCUAAGAACCAGCUACUAGACAGUCAGUUUUUUCAGUGUUCUACUAACAAUAUUUUCAGGCAUGUAGUUACACAGUUAAAUCCACUUAGUCAUUAUUUAAUGUUGCCUACCUCGUAUACUCGUUAGACUUAUGAGUGUUUGACAAUUUUUUCAACUUAUUUAGUUUAACAAUUUCUUCACGCUGUUAUAACGCAUUGCAAAAAGAAGAAAUGGAAACAUUGCCGUCAGAAAUCAUCACACAAAUACUGGAAUACGUGUCAUUUGAUGAUCGACGAGAAUUGGCUAGGGUCAAUAAAGUGUUUUAUCAUGCUACAUCUCACCCAGUGUUCUUAAGAAAAGAGAUACUUAUCUAUCAGCCAUCUCAGGUCAAUCUGAAGUACUUUAAGGAUUUCAAAAAUAUGUUGUGGAAUUCAAGAAGAAAAUUGUUAUGUUUGAAAUUUGUUAAUUUCACUUUUACAGAUGACUUAUCUAUUUUCACAAACUUAGGAAAUCACAUUAUAUCAUUAAAUUUUAUUAAUUUGAUAUUGCUAAAUGAUUCAUUUCUAGAUGCUAUUACCCAAUGCUGUAAUAAUCUUGAAAAAUUAGAACUAAAAUGUCUGAACAAUUUGUGUUUAACUGACAAGGACCGUGAACCAAUACUCAAAUUAUCCACUAUCACUUUAUGUGAUGUUCAAAUGUCUGAUAGAGAUUUUAAUCUUAUAUUGAAACUUGCUCCAAAUUUAAAGGAUUUAGGUAUUUUUGAUUGCCGUUUAACUGGUGGACAUGCAAUCAUAAAAAGGUUUUAUCCCCACAAUAGUAAUAUUGAUUGUUUAUUUACCAAGUACAAUUCAGAUCUUAUUUUUUCUGCGGAAAAUAUUGUACACCAUUUGAAUAAUUGUAUUCGCUUAAAUAGCCUUAGGUUAAAUGAACAUUGUUGUAUAAUUUAUCAGAUACAACCCAUUCAACUUGAACUUAAAUCAUUGACGUUGAGUGGUAUGGGGACACUUAGAAGUCAUCCCAUCGACUAUGAAAAGUUAAAUUUUGUAUUAGGUCAAUAUGUAUCUUUAGAGCAAUUAGAAAUAAGUUAUUUACCUGUUCAUUUGUUAUCAUUUGUAUCUAAACUACAUAAUCUUCGAUACUUAAAAAUAAGUUAUACUGCUUUGAGAUCAAUUUACAGUGAUGGACUUAAAUCCUUAGAAAUAUUACUGGAAUCGUUAAAAAAUAUGAAAUAUUUGAGGACACUAUCAUUUAAUAGAGUUUAUGAAAUGCAUGUUAUUAAACUUCCAACAGUACCAUUUACAGAAUGCACCUUGAAGUCUCUUACAUCAUUAGACUGUUCUCUUGAUUCAAAUCUGGUAUUAAAAUGUGGUACAAAUUUAACAAGUUUACGAAUAAGAAAUGGUGAUAUUCUUAAAGCUGAAGAUUUACAACUACUGUUCAGAAAUCUCACUAAUUUAAAUCAUUUGUGGAUUGACGAUUGUUCUAUAUUAAAUGAUGAAAUUUUCAUUCAGUUGCCAAUAUCUAAUCUAAAAGAAUUGAUUACUCUAAGGAUUAUGCAUUCAAAUAUUUCACACCGUUGCUUGCAAUACAUUACAAAUUCAAGGUUAAAAGUUUUAGUCUUCACCAAUGUGUCAUUAGAACCGUUCACAAAUAAGCUGAUAUUAAAUGAUUUCAAACAUAGUUUAGAAAUUUUGAGCAGUGCUGUUCCUAUGUUAACUCAACUUGACAUUCGUAUAAGUUUCUUAAGCUCGAGGGCAGUUGAAUCAUUAGGUUUAUUAUCUUUUUAUCGGACAACUUUUAGAGAAGUACUGGAAAAAUAUUUUAAGAAGCUGAAACUUUUUAUACUUUCGUAACUAAUUUUAUGGUAAAUUUAAGGAAUAUAUUAAAAAACCACUCUGCUGUACAGUAAUUGUUGAGUAUGUUGAGUAAUUGCUGUGUUAUAUUUUAAUUUAAUGAUAUUAAAUUCUCUAUUGUAACAACGAGAUCCUCAUUUCUACUAGGAAAUGCACUAAUGUCAAAAAUCGGAGCAUUUUUAUUACACCAAAUAUUGAUGAUAUACCUAAAGAAACAUUCAUUUGCUAUACUCAGAAUUUUAAAUGUAUCAGUAAUGUACGUAAUUGAUUAUUAUUUUAAGUUUUAAUCAUUGUAUACAAUAAUUGCUUGGUGUGUUUUUAUGAUACCUAACUGUUUAUCAUAAAUGAUAAUUGCAUACUAAUAUAUCCUAAGAAUAAACUUAUAACUAUUGCUGUAUCAAAAAAUCAAAAACAAGAAACGCAUUAUUUAAAAAAAAAUUGACUUAUGAUGACUGUUCGUAAUUAAUAUUAAAUCUUCAAAAAUUAGCUUUUUCUUAGUCUUUGUUGAUUUUUAAAAUUGUUAAUCAACCAAAACGUUUGAUUGUGAUAAAGUAGCAUACAUGUUACAUCAUAUGAAUAACUUUUAAUUAAUGUAGUUUAGGUAAUGAGACAUUAUCCAUAAAAAAUUUACUGUAGAAAAUAAACUUUAAGCAUUGAUUUUAUUCAUAUUAUGUUGGUUUCAAACAUCAAAUUUGAUUAUUCGUUAAUGAUAUUUAUAUAGAUAAAGUUUGUUAUUAAUUUAUUAUUUUGUAUGUUAGUUAUUGUAUUGAAUAGUUAUCAGUAAAGCUUGUUUACAUAUUCAAUAUAGUAAAAAAAUGUCUUUGUACUAUGCUAUAAUAAGUAGUUUACAGUAUUUUACUAUUUUUGUAU